CAGAGGGGAAUUUGGUAAUGGCGACGGGUUUGUCAGAUACUUCGGAGCAUCCUAACAUGGUGUGGAAAGUGAAGACAAAUCAAAUGCCUAAUGCUGUUCAGAAACUCCUUCUGGUAGUGGAUAAGAGAACUUCAGGGAUGAAUGAGUCACUGGAGUUGCUGAAGUGUAAUGAAAAUCUGCCCUCUUCUCCUGGAUAUGCAUCCUGCGAUGAGCACAUGGAACUUGAUGAUCUUCCUGAACUACAGGCUGUGCAGACAGAUUCUACCCCACCUGCGCUUUUUCAGCUUGGUGCUGAUGUUUCACAUCAGGAAUGUUCAAGGCCUUCAUGGAACCAACAUACCUCAAACAGCAAUUCAGAAAGUGCUUAUUCUUGUGAGAAUGGGGUGAACUGGUUGACAGAAUUAGCAAAUAUAGCCACAAGUCCUCAGAGUCCUUUGAUGCAGUGCUCUUUUUAUAACAGAUCAUCUCCUGUUCACAUAAUAGCUACAAGCAAAAGUUUACAUUCCUAUGCACGUCCUCCACCAGGAUCUUCAAAGAAUGAUCCCAGCUUCUCCAAGAAUGAUGUGGAUGAAACACCAGUCAGACAUGAAAGGGCAAAUAGUGAAUCAGAAUCUGGCAUUUUCUGCAUGUCAUCACUUUCAGAUGAUGAUGAUUUAGGAUGGUGCCAUUCCUGGCCCUCAACUGUUUGGCAUUGUUUUCUAAAAGGCUCUCGUUUGUGCUUUCAUAAAGGACGCAAUAAAGAAUGGCAGGAUGUUGAGGAUUUUGCAAGAGCUGAAAGCUGUGGAAAAGAUGAAAAUCUGCCAGCAAGUCCAUACAAGGGCUAUGGUUCUGAUGGUCUGAAGUUGAUUUCUCAUGAAGAAAGCAUUUCCUUUGGUGAGUCAGUGCUGAAGCUGACUUUUGAUCCUGGCACAGUGGAAGAUGGCUUGCUUACAGUAGAAUGCAGACUCGAUCACCCUUUUUAUGUUAAAAAUAAAGGUUGGUCAUCUUUUUAUCCAAGCUUGACUGUGGUACAGCAUGGCAUUCCAUGCUGUGAAAUGCAUCUUGGAGAUCUGUGUCUACCUCCUGGACACCCUGAUGCCAUUAACUUUGAUGAUUCAGGUGUUUUUGAUACAUUUAAAAGCUACGAUUUUACCCCAAUGGAUUCCUCUGCAGUUUAUGUGCUAAGCAGCAUGGCUCGUCAGCGUCGCGCUUCUCUGUCCUGUGGAGGAUCAAACAGUCAGGAGGCUGAGAGAUCAGAGUGCAGUAGUAAAAACUGUGCAUCUACUGCAUCGUCACAUCUUUCCUCCAGUUCAUUGUACAGCAAAGCUGGCAAAAGCCACAGCUCAGGGACUGCAAGUACUGUGAGUGCCACUUCUCCAAACAAGUGCAAAAGACCAAUGAAUGCCUUCAUGCUUUUUGCCAAAAAAUACAGAGUUGAAUACACUCAGAUGUAUCCAGGGAAAGACAACAGAGCCAUAAGUGUGAUACUUGGUGACAGGUGGAAGAAAAUGAAAAACGAAGAAAGACGGAUGUACACUCUAGAAGCCAAGGCCUUGGCAGAAGAACAGAAACGUCUAAAUCCUGACUGUUGGAAACGAAAACGAACAAAUUCUGGCUCACAACAGCAUUAAGCCGGAUUUUUCCUGUUAACUCUGUAUUUACAGAAUGGCUGUUGCUUGAUGGCAAGAAGAUGCACGAUCAAGGUCUUACUAUUUGUUGUGACUGUGUGUGGCCAAUAAAAUACUGGCACCAUCAAGUUGGAAAUGUAUGAGUGCAGAUUUGCUUUUUACAAUAGAACAUUAAGUAAGCUAAAACUAUCAACAUUUUAAACCAAAUUGCCUUAUUUUUCUUCCAAACUUCAUAUAUGUAUCAGGUAAUAUAGGCUUGAAAAUGGAUAUCCUGUGGUGCUAAAGUACUUUAGAAAGGUGAGGGAGACGUGUAUAAAUGUUUAUUUUUAAAAGAAAAUGUACAAAAAGGGGAAUUUUAAAAUAUGUAACAGCUGUUUAUAUACAUUGAUUCUUAUUGCUGAUUAAUAUGUAUUGCACAACCAUAUUAUUAAUUACGAGUCUGGGGCCUGGGCUUCUCUGAGAUGGCAAGAUGCGUUAUGUGGUAGUGUCCCAGCCCAGCACCGCACCGCAGUGUGGCGAGCACAGUGUAAGCAGCGCGGAGGCACUGCUCCCAUUGCCCCGGAGGAAAUGUAUCCCCACAAGGGGCCGAGAGAUCCUGCACAAGCUGGCGCUAGUGAGAGCUGUUGUUGCUGCUGGCAACCAUGGCCCGGGACAGGAUGAAACAAAUAAAUAGCGUUAUCUCCAGAAAAAUGGUGCUGUUGAUACCAUCACCAUCAUAGUUUUAACUGCGUGUUUUGUCUUUGCCACAUACUCUACAAUACUUUGUUUUGCCAUAAGACAUCUUUAUGGUGGGGGCAAACUUUGCACUUAACUAUACGUGCAACACUUGCACUUUACUUUUUUUUUCCUCCAACUGUCUACAAUUAGAGCAGCUGCGUUAGGAUUCCAACUGCUUCUGCUGUGAACUUUUACAAUCAUGGCUUUUCGUCUGCUAAACAGCUGUGUGUUCCUUUUUUUUGUUUAAGAAUCACAACUGUAAAUUUCAGUUUAUGACACAUGUCUAUGUGAUGUUGCCCCUCAGAUUUUUGCACACUAUAUUCUUGUAUAUUAUUUCAAAUAAAUCCAUUAAAAUCUG